AUGGAGAGCGGCAUGAGUCAGCACAAGUAUGAAAACCCGACCCCGGCCAGCCUGGUGGCGGCUCCCGGCACAACGUCGGUCGGCCGGCCAUCCGCCGGCGGUUGCCAGUUCCCGGGCGCGCCGGCCCACGGCAGCGUCAUCUUCAGCGACGACGCACUCUCCAACAACACCGUCUGCACGUACUACUGCGAGCGGGGCUUCGAGCUGCUCGGCCCCUCCCGGCGCGUCUGCAUGGACGGCCAGUGGAUCCCGGAGGGCAUUCCUUUCUGCGUGUUGAACGUUGCAGCCGGCAAGGCACCGAUGCAGAUCUCGACCGAAGGCUCGGGUAUCCCGCAGAAGGCGAUCGACGGCUCAACGUCGGCGUUCUUCUCCCCGGACACCUGCUCGCUGACCAAACCGGAGCGUGUGCCCUGGUGGUACGUGAACCUGCUCGAGCCCUACAUGGUGCAGCUGGUGCGCCUGGACUUUGGCAAGUCCUGCUGUGGCAAUGGAAAACCGGCGACCAUAGUGGUGCGCGUGGGUAACAACAGGCCGGAUCUGGGGACGAACCCGGUAUGCAAUCGGUUCACCGGCACACUCGAGGAGGGCCAGCCGCUCUUCCUGCCCUGCAACCCGCCGAUGCCGGGUGCGUUCGUCUCGGUGCACCUGGAAACCAGCGCCCCGAGCCAGCUGUCCAUCUGCGAGGCUUUCGUCUACACCGACCAGGCACUUCCGAUUGAGCGAUGCCCGGCCUUCCGCGACCAGCCGCCCGGUGCGUCCGCCUCAUACAACGGCAAGUGCUACAUCUUCUACAGCCGACAGCCGGCUACCCUGCCGAACGCACUCGCCUUCUGCCGAGCGCGCGGAGGCACCCUCAUCAACGAGAGCAACCCGGCCCUGCAGGGCUUCAUCAGCUGGGAGCUGUGGAGGCGCCACCGGAGCGACACCUCGUCGCAGUACUGGAUGGGAGCGGUGCGGGACGCGCAGGACCGCAACACCUGGAAGUGGAUCGGCGGCGAGGAGGUGUCGGUGUCGUUCUGGAACCUGCCCGGCGGCGACGAGGACUGCGCGCGCUACGACGGCUCCAAGGGAUGGCUGUGGAGUGACACCAACUGCAACACGCCGCUCAACUUCAUCUGCCAGCAUCAGCCAAAGGCAUGCGGACGACCGGAACAGCCACCCAACUCGACCAUGGUGGCCCCGAAGGGCUUCGACGUGGGCGCUGUAGUCGUGUACAGCUGCGACGAGGGCCAUCUGCUGGUGGGACCGCAGCAGCGCACCUGCCUAGAGACCGGCUUCUACAACGAGUUCCCACCGGUGUGCAAGUACAUCGAGUGUGGUUUGCCGGCAUCGAUCCCGCACGGGUACUACGAUCUGAUCAACGGAACCGUCGGCUAUCUCAGCACGGUGAUGUACCGGUGCGCCGAGGGCUACGAGAUGGUGGGCCGCGCUGUGCUGACCUGCGACAUCGACGAGCGCUGGAACGGUCCGCCGCCGCGCUGCGAGCUCAUCGAGUGUGACCCACUGCCGACGCUGUUCGCCAACGGAGUCAUCGUCGCGCCCAACCAGACGGUGUACGGCUCUCGGGCGGAGGUACUCUGCAACCGUGGCUUCGUGCCGGACGGCGAGCCGGAGCUACUGUGCACCGCGACCGGCCAGUGGAGCCACACGCUGCCCAAAUGCAUACCGGACCCGGCCGCGCCCGGCCCUGUCACCGUGCGUCCCACCCUCGCUCCCGCCAGCACGACGCUGGUCCCGCAGACCACGUCCGCCGCGUCACGACGACCCGCACCAACCGCUGGAGGGCGUCGUCCGGCGCCAGGUGUGACGGCAACGACCGCAACCACCGCCCGGCCCCCGACCACGGUGCGCCCUAUCCUCAGCUUCAGCACGACCGGCAGCGGCCAGGCUCAGGUGCCCUCCGAGUCGCCCAUCAGCAGCAUCGAGAUCGAUGACGGUACGGACGGGGAGACGGGUUACUUCCGCCCGACGCGGAUCGACGCCGACGACUUGUACUACCGCGAACAUAACCUCUACGACGACGACGACGACGACGGGGACGAGAACGCCGCGACCGAUCACCGCAACCCUAACCUCAACAACAACCACGACGACGACGAUGACGCGAACGUUCCGACCUUUGACGAAGACUUUGACAGCCUCGAGGGCUACUUCAUCGGCACUAACGAAGACUACUCUCUUCCACCUCCACCUCCAGAAGUGCGUCCCGGAAGUGUGCGCGAAGAGGCGGCCCGUCCGCCCUACCGCCCGCUGCAGCCCUCCGUCGUCGUCCUGCCGAACGGCGCCUCGGACGGCCAGCGGCCGAAGCUGCCGGCCUCCCCCAGCCCCACCACCACCAGCCCGGUGAGUGUCACGCCACCGUCCCCACUGCCCCCGCACACCUACCGUCCGACCGCAGGGCGCCGUCCCGCCGCCGGUACGCCGUCGACGACCACGACCACGACCUCCACCAGCAGCACCACUCUGCCGCCCGCGCCGUCGACGACGCGUGGCCGCACACCGCCCAAGCCGCACGACCCGCUGGACAUCCACCCGCAGGACAACGAGAUCGCCGGCAGCGUCAACAUCCAGUACGAUCAGGCGCCCAAGGUGAACGUACCGUUCGCCGUCGACCCGUCCGAAGGGGCGGCCGGAGUGACCGGCGCCGACGGGCUCGUGCCGGGUGGGGGCGGCGCCGCCGGUGCAGGCGGUGCCGGGGGAGCGGGGCUCGGGGGAGCCGCCGCCGGCGACCGAAAGGAGUCGAAGAACGCCAAGCUGAACCUCGGCGCCAUUGUGGCGCUCGGUGCGUUCGGUGGGUUCGUGUUCCUGGCCGCCGUCAUCACCACCAUCGUGAUCGUCGUCCGAAGGAAUCGGAGCACAAACCAGCACUACCGUCACCGGGCGUCGCCGGACUGCAACACGGUCGCGUCCUUCUCCAGCUCGAGCUCGGAGUCGCGGAACGGGCUGAACCGCUACUACCGGCAGGCGUGGGAGAACCUGCACGAGUCGGCCUCCAAGAGCCACAGCCACAGCGGACACUCGGGCCUGAAGCGAAAGGAAACGAUGGACGCGCCCUCGGUCAACCGGUCGCGGUCACGCGAGAACCUCGACCAAGCCGGCGGACGGCCACGCGACCUUGACAGGUCACGCGAGAACCUGUCGUCGGCGCGCAGCCGGGACUACGGGCGGGACAGCAUGGCCCUGCGGGACGGCUCCGAGAUGGUCGUGUCGGACGUGUGCGUGAAGGGCGAGAAGAAGCGCCACCAUCACCACCAUCACAAGAGCAGCCACCGGAACGAUUUCCGCGAGCCGAACAUCCUCGGUAGCAACGGCAACGGACGGCGGGAGCAUCGCCACUACUGA